GAGACCUUUUAAAAUGAUGCUAUGAAAGCAUAAAUAUUGUCGUCACAAAAUUCAAAUGAUGUCGUAUAAUUAUUUUAUUGAUCAGUAGUGAUUUAAUGAUUUAAUAAGUAUACAUAAACGCUUUUAAAGUGCUUUGAUAAGUUUUUCAUCUUUAGACGUUUGAGGGAUAUUUAACUUCUUCAAACGAGUUUUUCAGUAUGUUCGUAAUAUAACACUGUGACUUAACAUUUUUCGACGUGGUGAUUUUAUGUAAUUAUAAAAAUCACAAAUAAAAACGAUGCAGUACUCCGGAUAAAAAAUAUCAGAAAUAAACAAUAAAGAUGAAUAUUUUCGGGACAGCUACGGUAUGGGCAAAGAUAGCUCUGGUGCUCAUAAUCAUAUCACUUGCACUUCAUAUUGCUGGAUUUGCAACAACAUUCUGGCAACAGUCAGAAACUAUUCAAGAAAAUACCGUGUACGAUGUAGGAUUGUGGAAAGCACAGGAUUGUUCUGGAGGGCAUGGAUCACCUUGUGACAAGGUUGAUAUUCCAGAUUCGUUUAUCAACGGUUCGUUCAAGGCAGUUCAGGGGUUAGAAUGUUUUAUUCUGGUGUUGAUGUUUAUCAUUGUGUUGAUAGCAGCAGUUUAUGUGGCUACAGAGAGAUUUCGAGAGAUGGCCAUUGCUGUAGUUAUUGCUGUCAUGUGCUUUUUAACAGUCACAUUUGCUGUGAUAUCUAUGAUCAUUUGGGUGGCUCAAGUUCCUACAAACUACUACCUGGGUUACUCGUUCGGACUGUGUAUUGUCGCAUUUGUUCUGCUGUUUUUGGCGGGAAUUCUGAUGGUACCGGAUAUAAGAAAUUACCAGCAGCGUCGUGGACGUGAAGCCUUGAAAGUGAGACCAGAACACAGGCCGACGAUGAUUGAUAGACCAUCGAAAUACGACGAUAUGGGACGUCAUGAUUAUUCUUACAACAGAAAAUUCACACCCGAAACUCCUCAGACAAAUGUGAGGCACUAUUACAACCCAAACAGAGACUCUUAUAUACGGAGCCCUCCACCAGCAUAUAAGACAAUGCAAAGCCCGGAUCAAAGAUCAACUUACACCAAAUAUACGCGCACAGACAUACAGACACCUGAUGUUUACCUAGGCAGAGAUGGCAGAAAACCUAGGCGAUACUGAGAAGUAUCUUCAAAAAAUGAAAACAGACAAAUUGUUACUCUAUUUAUUGUUUAUUUUAUUAAUUUAUUCUGUUGGACCUGUGAAAGAUAUAUUAAAUGUUCAGGGUUUCAAACAAUGAAAACUGGCAAAUUGUUACUCUAUUUAUUGUUUAUUCUAUUAAUUUGUGGAAGAUAUAUUUAUUGUUCAGGGUUUCAAACAAUGAAAACUGGCAAAUUGUUACUCUAUUUAUUGUUUAUUUAUUCAUUUAUUCUAUCGGAACUGAGGAAGAUAUAUUUAAUGUUCAGGGUUUUAAACAAGAAAAUACCGUUUUAUUUUCAUUUCGGCACUGUGAUGACAUUAAGAUUUAACUGAAUAGAGCAUUUUUGUAAUUGAUAUGAAUUUCUCGAGUCAGCUUUGAAUUCCUCUGUUUGAAAUUAAAUUAUUUAAAUUGAGUUAUUUUCAUAAUUUAGCUUAUUUAUUUUCUUUCACUUCAUUAAAAUGAUUUAAAUACAUGCGGAUAGGUACUGUAUGACCAACAAUAACAUCUAGAUCGUAAGGUGUUUUUCUUUUUAUUUUAUCCCUUGUUGGUAAAAGAAUGAGCAAAAUACAGCAAAGCUAUUCAUUUUUGUGAUUGUCAUAAGUACAAAAGGUGUAACUUUUACUUUAUUUCAUUUGAAGUUGAAUAUAAAAAAGAAUCGUGUAAAUUUGUACUGUUACUGUUUUUUAAGUAUUCUUUAAGCAUAAAUAUUUCAUUAUGCAAUAUUAUGAUGGUUUUAUAUUGUUUCUGUACAUGUGUACAAAGACAUCUGUACAAAGACAUCUGUGCAAAGACAUCUGUACAAAGACAUCUGUACAAAGACAUCUGUGCUUGUCGGAUUUUGUAUAUUCAGAUUGAAGUGUUAGGAAUAACUACAAGAUUGUCACUAUUGUUAUGAAUGUUAUAUGACCAAUUUAUACACAUUGUAUGUACUGUAAAUAAACCUUUAUACCUUG